AUGCGAGAUCUAUCUCAUCAGCAGAUAGUCGAAAGUGAACGACGAAAAGUUCCUAUGAAUAUUUCACUUCAAAAUCGAAUUAUCAUUAAUAUAAGUGGAGUUCGUUUUGAGACAUUCAAAUCUACUCUUGAAGUCUAUCCACAUACGUUGUUAGGCAAUGCAAAACGACGUAAAUAUUAUUAUGAUAAUAUUCUUGAUGAAUAUUUCUUUGAUCGUCAUCGAGGAUGUUUUGAAGCUAUUCUCUAUUAUUAUCAAUCAAAGGGUCGAUUACGUCGACCGAAUUCGGUACCACUUGAUACAUUUCUUGAAGAAAUAGCAUAUUUUGAUUUGGGUCAAGAUGCUCUUGCUCAAGUACGUAAAGAUGAAGAUUUGAAAGAAGUCGAAAAAACUCAAUUACCUCGAAAUCGUUGUCGUCGGUAUAUUUGGGCCACUGUAGAAUAUCCAGAAUUUUCAUUCAUCGCCAAAAUGUUUAAUAUUCUUUCGUUAGUUAUUAUUCUUAUCUCUACGAUUACCUUGGCAAUCGAAUCAUUGCCACAAUAUUCAUAUUUAUCUGAAGAUGCAUGUACACAAGAAUAUAAACAGCAUAAAAUUGGAACGAAUAAUGACUCGAUGAAUCUUAGCGAUGUUCAAUCGAACGAACGCAUAUGUCGUCCCUAUUUUUCAUCCCCAUUUCGUCGAAUUCAGAUGAUUUGUAUUGGAUUUUUUACUCUUGAACUGAUUCUACGUCUACUCAGCACACCAUCAUUAUCUAAGUACUUCAAGAGUUUUAUGAAUUGGAUUGAUAUACUUGCUGUCGUUCCAUUCUAUGUCAACAUUAUCAUAAAUUUUGCCGAUCAAUCACACAAUCACAGUGUUAGCAUUUAUAAUAGUCUUGCGUUAUUACGUGUUCUUCGAUGUGCUCGUAUAUUUAAAUUUUAUCGAGUUUUUAAAAAUAUCAAAACCAUUCGUGUUCUUGCCAUGACGGUGCAAGAAUCACUGCCAGAUUUUCUUGUUUUGACAGUUACAUUGACGCUAAUGGCCUUUCUCUUUGGUACAGCUGUCUAUCUCAUCGAGAAAACAAAUGGCGAUUCGGUUUUCGACUCUAUACCGAAAGCUACCUAUUGGGGUAUUAUAACAAUCACUAGUGUUGGCUAUGGUGAUAUAGCGCCGGCGACAGUUCUCGGACGUCUGAUUGCUGUACUAUGUGCAUUUAGUGGUGUAGGCACUAUUGGUAUGCUUGUUUCAGUUCUAGUCGAUCGGUAUCAACGAGUAUAUAAACGUAAACUCUACAUUAAACCCGAGAAAAUUGACUUCAACGAUUAUUCCGAUGAGGAAAAUGAAGAUCUAGAAGUGGGACGUGGAAAUUCAUGUAUUGAUCCUCUCAUUGUCAAUGUCAACGACAAAAAAGAGUAA